AUGGAAAAAGAGAAGUGGAAGAUGCCCACGUUGACUUUCUCUUUGUGUCUCCUCGCUUGUUUCCUGUCCUUUACUGUCUCUGCAGAGAUAACAGUAAAGCCUGGAGAAAAUGUCACUCUUCAGUGUCAGAGUCCCAGAGGUGAAGCCAUCACAGCGUUAAUGUGGAUCAGAUCUGACCUAAACCCGGACACAGAUGGUUGCGUCUUCUUCUUCAGAGAGAACCGAUCAUAUGAAGUCUACCAGCAUCCAUCUUUUCGUGGUCGAGUGCAGCUGAGAGAUCCAGAGAUGAAGGACGGAGACGUUUCUGUGAUUCUGAAGAACGUCACCAUCAACGACACUGGAACAUACGAGUGUCGUGUAUAUGUGAACAGCAAAGGACCAGAGCUCAUGACCACGGUCUACCUGACAGUUACUGACUCAGGUCACACAGCUGGAAACACCUGGACUGAAGGAGACAAGGAUGAAGGAAAGAAGGAGGAACAAAAUCAUGGACUAACAGUUGGUCUGCCUGUUGCUGCUGUUAUUGUGCUUCUUCUUGUUGUUGUUGCUGUUGUUGGUUUUGUGAUUUAUAGACAACGUAGACAACGUCCUGACCAACAAGUUCAUUAUAGAGCAGCUGUCCCCCAGCAGGUGUGAAAGGUCUCAGAUCUCUGAACUCCUGAAUCUUUGUGUCCUGAAGCUUUUACAGCAGCAACAUGUUCUGAACUGGAACCAGGUCUAAAAGGUCGGACUUUCAUCAGUAAACAUGUUUUUCCUGCUGUAAUCAUUCCUCCUGUUCAUACUGAGCAUUAGAGGAUCCCUUCAUAAUUAGAGCUGCAACUAUUCUACUAAUGUAAGUGAUAAAAACUAGUUUAUUUCAUUUUCACUUCAGUUUUGUUUAAUAGCAUUUUACUGUGUCAUGUAAGUAAUGUUAUUUGUGUUCAGAGUGUGUAAGAGUGAGAUUAUUGCUGUGAGUCUGUAGAGAUGCAGACUGGAAAGUGAGUUUUAUUGUGUUUUCCAGCCAAUGUUAGACUGUCUACAGUAGUUUAUACUGUAAACACUGUUAUAACGUGAUGUUUUCUAUGUGUAUGAUCUAUUGUUUCUGUAUUGUGUAGGAAAUGUUCAGGUGCAGAUGUAGGUAUUUGUAAUGUUGUUUAUGGGAUGUUUGAAGUAAGUGAAGUUCAUUGAGAACUCUAAAGCAGGACUGUAAGCUAAAGUUAUUAAAGUUCACAGUUCAGAGAUAAUAGAGCUGAUGCAAGCUGAGUUAACACUACAAUGAUAUGAAUAACAUGCUGACAACUAUUUAAAAUAUUUUUGCACAGUUUUGCACAACACAUUUAUUCACAGUUAACCCCUGUGAAUAAAUGUGUUGCAUCAGUUUGUACCCAGAGCUUCACUCUGAACUUGUAACAUAUAAUAUAUUUACUGCACUGUGUAUUUGUUGACAUUUAAUUUUUCAUUAUUAAAUAUCUAUACUUUUUAACAUGUUUCCUGUUUUGAUAAAGACUUUGUUCAUAAUGUAGAUGAGCUGGAUUCAUGUUAUAUAUUCAUUUAUGUUUAUAACCAGACUUCCUGUUUAGUUGUUUACCUGAAGCUGAGCUGUUGAACCUGUUGAUACUCGUCAGCUGUGCAGGUUUAAUAAAACAC